AUUGAACAUCAUAUACAUUCAAUAUAACUAUAAUAUGGUUCAUAGUAAUAAUAUUAUUGAUUUAAAGCAUUGUUUUAUUAUAAUAAAAAUUUUAUCACUAAUAGUAACAUUUGAUUGUGUGCAAUCGCAAUACGACAACGGAAUAACAUUUACGGGAUCAACUGCAGCUCCAACACCAGCUCCAACACCGGCUCCAACACCAGCUCCAACACCAGCUCCAACAGCUGCUCCAACUACAGCCCCGCCAACAGGCUGCGCAUGUUUUGCAGUAUCUGAUUGCCAAUCAUUAUAUAACGGUGCUGGACAAAUUGAUUUGAGAAUCGUUACACCUACCUGCCCAACUGGUCAAAUAUAUUGUUGUCCCGCCGGUGCAACACCUCCACCAGCAACUACAGCUGCUCCAACAACUGCAGCUCCAACUACUGCCGCACCAACAACAGCCCGACCUACAACAGCAGCCCCAACCACUGCCGCGCCCACAACAGCAGCACCUACUACCGCCGCUCCCACAACUGCUGCACCUACUACAGCCGCACCUACAACAGCUGCACCAACUACUACUGCACCAAUGGCUGCAUGUGGAGUACGGCAAAAUGUUGCCUCAACAUUACCACAAGGAGAUGGUCAAGCGCGUUACGCGAGUUAUCCGUGGGAAGCAGUUAUACUUACAACUACAUUCCAAUAUGUUGCUGGGGCAGUUAUUGUUAACAAUCGAUAUGUAUUAACCGCCGCACAUAAAAUUUCUGGUUACACAUCAAAUACGGGUGGUCUUAUUGUACGGUUGGGUGAAUGGGAUGGUUUGCGUACAAACGAACCAAUACCUGCCCAAGAUUACACAAUUUCGAGGAUAGCAGUACAUCCAAAUUUUAAUGGCCAAACAGCGUAUAAUGAUUUAGCUGUAAUACAGUUAAGUCGGACGAUUUCAUUCACGGCAUCAAUAAACACUGCGUGCUUGCCAGGAUCCCAAAGCGCAAGUUACAAUGGUCAGAGUUGUUGGGUUUCCGGUUGGGGUAAAAAUGCAUUUAAUGGCCAAUAUCAAGGAAUUCUAAAAGAAGUACAAGUACCAAUAGUGGACAAUAACCAAUGCCAAACACAACUACGAGCAACAAAACUAGGACAGUACUAUAACUUGGAUUCCAGUUUUCUUUGUGCAGGUGGAAUGACCAAUAAGGACGCAUGUGUGGGUGACGGCGGAUCUCCAUUAGUAUGCCAAGGAUCAAAUGGUGCAUUUACUGUGGUUGGAUUAGUAUCGUGGGGUAUUGGAUGUGGAAUGACAAAUGUACCUGGCGUUUAUACAAAUGUUGCACAACUUUUACCGUUUAUUAAUACUGAAAUUGUGAAGUAAAAUAUAUUUAAUUUAUAAAAU